AUGAAGUCUACUCUCCUGCUAGAAGCGGCACUGGUAUUAUCAGUCCCAGCUGCAGCGGAUUGGCAAUUCAGAUCUCGCUCAGACCUAGCUCCCCCAAGAUUGAAUAUUACAAUCCCAGCAACUGGAUAUGUUGAGAAGGGGUACUUGUUCGUAGCCCCUUUUGCUGGAUUUCCGGACACACCUACAGAGCAGCAUGGCCCUAGGCAAGCUGGCCCGUAUAUUUUCCGCGACAAUGGAGAUUUGGUGUGGUCUGGAUACGGGAUCUACAGCAUCUGGUCAACCAACUUUCAGGCGGGCCGUUGGAGAGGCAAAGAUAUCCUGUUUAGCUUCGAAGGUGAUCACAAUCCGGGGUAUGGUCAUGGCCACGGCCAUAUUACCAUCAUGGAUAACCACUACGAGACAAUUCGAGAGCUUCGAGCAGGUAACCACAAGCUUGUGGAUAAGCACGAGUUUCAUAUUAUCAACGAGGAGACAGGGCUCAUACAAAUAUAUCAGCCUGUUGCUCGCGAUCUGACAGCCUGGGGUGGGAGUGUCGAACAGCAAUGGAUUGUCAAUUCCAUCAUCCAAGAACUCGAUAUCGCAACCGGUAAAUUGUUAUUUGAGUGGUCAAGUCUGGACUACGUUUCCCCUGAUGAGGCAAUUCUACCAAUCAAUCCAGGACAAGCAGGUUCUGGAUUCAACAGCUCCGACGCCUGGGAUUACUUCCAUAUCAACAGUGUUGACAAAGACUCAGAGGGCAACUAUCUCAUAUCCGCGCGCGAUGCAUGCAGCAUCCACAAGAUCAACGGUACUGAUGGAAGCAUCAUCUGGAAAUUGAAUGGAAAAGACAGCUCUUUCAAAGUCCCAAAAGACGCCGAGUUUUGCUUUCAACACCAUGCCCGAUUUAUAAGCCAAUAUGAUGAUAUUGAAAUCAUUAGCCUCUAUGACAACAGCGCACAUGGGACUGAACACAGUGGGGGGUCUGAAGUUCAUACGGCUCCGACAAGCAGUGGGAAGAUUGUUAAGGUGAACACUACUUCAUGGGAGGCCGAAUUGGUGCAAGCUUUCUUUCCACCUGAUGGCUUAUUAUCUAAGUCCCAGGGUUCUACUCAGACGCUUCCAAACGGAAAUGUGCUAGUGAACUGGGGAUCUUCGGGCGCUGUGACCGAGUAUUUACCCAAUGGCACAGCCAUCUUUCACUCCUACAUGGACUCAGGUUACCUUGGGCUUGGGGUUGAGAAUUACCGUGCCUUUCGGUACAAUUGGACUGGUAUUCCCAAUGAGGAGCCUGCCAUUGUAGCCCUGAGAGGUGAAGAAGGUGUAACUGCCUACGUGAGUUGGAAUGGUGACACGGAGACCAAAACAUGGAGGUUCUAUGCUAUCGUUGACGAAUUCGGUUCUAGAGAAUUCGUUGGUGAGGUCGAGAAAACGAGUUUUGAAACUUCGCUUCGAAUUCACUACGAAAACGUCCGUGCAAUCUCUGCUGAGGCUAUUGAUGCUGACGGCAGGUCACUUCGGCACGCCGGGAUAGCUCUUGUGGAACAAGAGGUCAAGCCAUUGGGAAAGUUACCUCAGAUCCCUAUUGCCAAAGAGAUAACUCAGAAACCGGAUUUGAAUGAAAAUAGUCGGUGGAAAGAGUACGGAAUUUUGAAAUACAUUCGGCUUCGGAUCGAUGAACUCUAA